ACUGGUGUGAUUUUCAGUCAUCUCUCCUUCUAAAAAAAUCCUCCGAAACAGCGAUUUUGCCAAUCUCAGAUCUGAAGAACUCCAGCGAUCUUCCGAAAAUGGAGAAGAUGAAUAAAGCGAUGGAGAAGAUGAAGAUGCUGGUCGGGAUCGAGGUCGAACAAGAAGAAGAAUUACAGAGCAGUAACAUGUCUUCUUUCAUUGAUGACUUCAAUCGCGAAUGCACGCUUUCUACACAACAGAGAUUGUACGGUUUCGCGACGUGCUUGGUUUCUGGCUUAGCUUGUACUCUCCUGUCGAUGCUUGUUUUCUUCAAUCCUAUCAAGUUUGGGAUAACAUUCACAUUCGGCAAUCUGCUUGCACUUGGGAGCACUGCCUUCCUCAUAGGCCCCAAAAGACAAGUAACAAUGAUGCUUGAUCCAGUGCGCAUUUAUGCAACAGCUAUCUACAUCGCGAGUAUGAUAAUUGCUCUCUUCUGUGCUCUUUAUGUCCAUAACAAGCUUUUAACACUUCUCGCCAUCAUCUUGGAGUUUGGUGCACUAGUAUGGUAUGCUCUGAGUUACAUCCCUUUUGCAAGGUCUAUGGUUUCAAAAGUCAUGGUUGCUUGCUUUGACACGGAGUUCUAAGGCCCACUGCUCUCCUGCCAACAUUGCCAAUGAUCUAUCUGCAAAAGAUCCAAUUCCAGUAGCUAAUGCUCGAGUUAUAAACUCUUCGGAGUCCCAUCCUUCCAGCUUGGUUAUCCUUUGAUCCACCGCUCUCUGGAAAACAGCAAUACACCACGGAUUAGUUAGUUCACCCAGUGUUCUUCCUUUCUUUUUUAAAUACUUGGAAUUUUUGUUGGAGAGAGUACUACCAAAAUUUCUCAUGCUUGGAAAGUUCAAUUUCAAUGGAAAUUUUCAUUUUCUUUUCGUAA